ACUUUGGCCGCCACGCCAAACUAGUGGAGGGUUCCGUUGGGCCACGACUUUUUUUUUCUUUAAACUAUCUCUAAAUUACUUAAUUAACAUAGUAAACAACAUUUUUGACAAAAAAUAUUAGUGCGCAUGUGUGUUUGGUGUGUGUGCCAAAAAUAUACACGCGGCCUAGAGAAUGGAAAAUGUCUCUGUGCGCCACGUGUAUACUUUUGUAUACACAUUUAGGAAGGGACUUCCCACGUAGGAAGGGACUUCCCACGUGUAACCUUGACGAAAACGUUGAUGACCAGUAAUUCUGGAACACGAGAGAGAUCGUCAGUUGUAAAGAAACAUUCGCAACGUGCUUUUACAUUAAUUAUUGUGCAUAAUGUCUUACGAGAAAGAACAACGGAGAUUGCAGAGUUUAUGGGAUGACAAUAUGAGCGAUGAUACCGAGGAUCCAUAUUACAACGACUCAGAUAAUGACCCUGUGUACCAACAAGAGAGUUCGAGUACUGGCAGUAGUGUACUGACUUUCAACGAACCCAGAAAAAAAAGACGUAGGAUUGAGAAGCUGGAACUUGAAGAAUCUGAGGAUUCUGAAAUAAAUGAGUCGUCAAAUGAGGAAGAGCAAGAUGUUGUGUCGGAUUGGGGCGUAGUUGUUGGAGAUCCCAAAGACUUUGAUUUUGAUGGGGACAUUGGUCUGGUGAAAGAAGUACAAGAUAUGAAAGGUGAAGAUAUAUUUGCUUACUAUAAAUUAUUUCUUGAUGACGAGCUAAUAAAUACCUUAGUAACCGAAACCAAUUUAUACGCGGAACAAGCCAUAAUAAAAGCCAUUACGGAAGAGACUCUCAUGCCGUCCUCUAGACUAAGUAAAUGGACCAACGUGACGUGCGAAGAAAUGUAUUGUUUCUUGGGUUUUCUGCUAUGGAUGGGUUUAGACAAAAAACCGAAAAUCACAGAUUAUUGGAAACGUUCUGAAAUUUAUUGGUCUGAAGCGGCAAACCGAAUGUCUCGAAACCGCUUUGAAAAUAUUCUAAGAAUGUGGCAUUUCGCUAACAAUGAACACUGCGAAGAAGGAGACCGACUGGGCAAAAUUCGAUUCCUGGUUGACUCCCUAAAUAAGAAGUUCAAGCAAGUUAUCUUUCCUGACGAAAAUGUCUGUAUAGACGAAACAAUGGUACCCUUCCGAGGGCGCUUAAUUUUUCGACAAUAUGUCAAAGGAAAAAGGCAUAAAUUUGGAAUUAAGCUUUUCAAACUAUGUCUCCCUGGAGGGUAUACUUACCAUUGUAAAAUAUAUUGCGGAACAGAAAAAUCAAAUGACAUGCUGGUAGCCACGAAGAUUGUUUUUGAACUUAUGGGUAAGUGUCUUGAUAAAGGCAUGACUCUGUAUACCGAUAACUGGUAUACCAGCACCGAGUUAGCCCAAAAAUUACUUGAAAGAAAAACCCAUCUUGUCGGGACACUCAGAAAAAAUAGGAAAGGGAUUCCAAAAGAAAUUUUGUCAACAAAAUUGAAAAAAGGCGAAAUUAUAGGCAGAGAGAAAGAUGGCAUAGUUUUAUUCAAAUGGAAAGAUAAACGGGACGUGUUGAUGCUCACAACAAAACAUGAUGAAACGCUAGUUGAAGUUCCGGGCAGAAUAAAUAAAUUUAAACCCAAGGCAGUUGUUGAUUAUAACAAAGCAAAAACGUUUAUUGAUUUAUCUGACCAGAUGUCGUCAUAUUCAACUUCUGUAAGACGAAGUCUUAAAUGGUACCGUAAAGUUGCAGUAGAAUUAAUUACUGGAACUUGUGUCGUAAAUGCUUGUUAUUUAUUCAAUAAAAACAAUAACAAAGUAGAUAAAAAACAAAUAACAGAAUUACGAGAAAGUUUAUGUUUGAAAAUGCUUGCUUUCGGAAAAAAAGAAAAUCCUUUAGAUUUUCAACUGCAAGAUCAACUAAAACACAGAUUGAUCCCAACCGAAAAAAAAGGACGUUGUGCUAUAUGCUACAAAAAAUAUAAGGAUGCCAAUGGGCGAGUAUACGCAACAAAAAAUUCAAGACAAGUUAAAACCAAAUGUGAAACUUGUGAGGAACAUUUUAUGUGUCUGGAAUGCUUUUUUGACAAUCAUAUUUCUAAUAGAAAAUAAUGUUUUUUUAUUUUUUUCUUUCUUUUAUUAUGUAAAAUUUUUUGUUAACUUUUUUUAAUUGUUCGUAAAACUUUUGUAAUAAAUAGCUUAUUUUUAGUUAUUAUUUGCCAUUUGAAUAAUCAAGGUUGCCGCGUUACUUCUUCUUCUUCUUCUUCUAUACUAUAUGUGAUAAAUAGUAUAAAACGGUAACAGGUAAACAAAUCGUAAUAAAAAAAGUAAACUUUUUAAUUUCCUGCUGCUAAGUAUAUUUUUAGGUAGCCUGCAGCCACGUCAGUUAACUACCCAUUAGAAAUACAUAUAUAUUGAGCUCUUUGAAUAUACACAUGGCUCCAACCAAAACUUUGCAUGUGUAUCUAAAAGUAUACACGCAGCGAUUUUGACCCUCGCGUGUGUAUACUUUUGGAUACACACGGCGGCCAAAGUGUUAAAAAGCGAUCCAGACACUAAUGAGCUUGGACAAUAUUUUUCUAAAGAAUACGAGCGAACCGUAUCUCAUUGGGCAUAUUGUUACCGCCAACAUGCUGCGUUAAACACAAAUACAGUCGGAAAAAUGAAAGAAUACCCAUGAACGAACAUAUA